AUGGCUCGACUGACGCCCCGCGGUCUGCGCACCCCUCUGACGGCCCUGCGCCUCUCCAGGCCAGCUCCCCGACCUCAAUUCUCGUCAUACCAGGCCGCGCUCCGUUCUGCGUCCUCGUCCCCGACGAGUCAAGAAACCACGACCUCCUCCUCCAGCUCUGAACAGCAGAAUAAAGAGGAGCAAGAUCACAAACAGCCUCCCAAACGAUCCGCCAUCGGUCUUGGCACGGUCGCCCUGUCCACCUCCCUCCUAGCCUCCGCCUAUCUUCUCUAUCUCUACGCGACCGACACGCGCGCAUCAUACCAACAAUGGCUCGUCCCACCUCUCCUGCGACUCGUCUACUCCGACGCUGAAGAAGCCCACCACGUCGGCACCAAGGCCCUGAAGUUCCUCUAUGAGCUGGGCUUACACCCGCGCGAGCGACCCUCACGGGCGCCCGGUAUCGUCCCCGAGCCCAGCGACCUCGCCACCCAGGUGUUCGACGUCAAUCUUGCGAGCCCAAUCGGCAUAUCGGCGGGCUUGGACAAGGACGCCGACAUCACCGAUGUGCUGUUUGAGCUCGGGGCGGGUGUCGUCGAGGUUGGCGGCUGCACCCCUAAGCCGCAGGGGAAACCCCAAGCCCCGUGUCUGGAGGGUGCCGACCGUGGAGGGCAUGGUCAACCGGCUUUGACCGAGCGGGAGGUCCUCAACGGGGAGGGCGUGGAUGUCCCCCCAGGCAGUCUACUUCCCGGCAGGCUACUUUGCGUGCAGGUCGCGAAGCAGAAGGAGACGGACGAGCGGGAUGUUGACGCCGUGGCGAGGGACUACGUGUACUGCGUGAACCGGGUGGCUCCCUACGCCGACGUGUUGGUCGUGAACGUAUCCAGCCCCAACACGCCCGGGCUGCGAGACCUGCAGGCUGCGGAGCCUCUGGGAAGGAUAUUGAGCGCCGUUGUUCAGGAGGCGAGGAAGACGAACCGCAAGACCAAGCCCAAGGUCAUGGUCAAGGUCUCACCCGACGAGGACGAAAGCGCGCAAAUGGCUGGCAUUGUGCAGGCCGUGUACAUGAGUGACGUGGACGGAGUGAUCGUGGGAAACACGACCAAGCGGAGGGCGGGUCUUGUGCCACAGGGUGUCAGGCUCAACUCCAGGGAGCAACAGGCGCUGACGGAGACGGGCGGGUUCUCUGGUCCGUCCAUGUUCGACCGCACGCUGGACUUGGUCGGGAGGUAUCGCAAAAUGCUGGAUGCACAGUCACUGCAAGGUGGUGAGGGACAGGAGGAUCAUGCCGUCGUCCCGGCUCUGGAGGGCAUUGUGUCUAGCAAGGCGCAAGACUCGAAACAGCCCCCGCGGAAGGUCAUCUUCGCCACGGGCGGCAUCAAGAACGGCGAGCAGGCACUCAAGGUCUUGAACGCUGGCGCCAGCGUGGCGAUGAUCUACACAAGCAUGGUCUACGGCGGAGCUGGUACAGUGACACGGAUCAAGGGUGAGAUGAGGUCGGCAUUGACUGAUGUUGAAGCGUGA